UAAUAGGAGCGUGAGGGCAGCUGCCACAGCGUCCCUCACGCGCAGUUGCUCCGCAAUCCUCAAAACACCGAUCGCGAAUACGGAUCAAAAGACAUCCAUCUGACUCUCUUGGACUCAUCUUCUCCGCGACGCGACGGAACAUCACCCAUCAUCAUUCACAGGCGUAUCCAGCCUACAUGGCCUCGUCCGUGAGCGGAGCGGAGGAAGGGCGCGUGUCGGCGUUGACGCCCCUUAAGUUGGUGGGUCUGGUGUGUAUUUUCCUCGCGCUGUGCCUGGAUGUAGGGGCCGUGCUGAGUCCAGCGUGGGUCACCGCGGAUGACCAGUACCACCUGUCCCUGUGGGAGUCGUGCUGGAAGCCCGCUUCCUCCGUGACCUGGCGGUGCAGCAGCACGUUGGGGACCGACUGGCAGAUCGCCACAUUGGCGUUGUUGUUGGGUGGAGCGUUCCUUAUCCUCCUUUCCUUCCUGGUGGCUCUGGUGUCUGUCUGCAUUCGCUCCAGGAGACGGUUCUACCGACCGGUCGCAGUUAUGCUCUUUGCGGCAGUGGUUCUACAGGCUUGCUGUUUGGUGCUGUAUCCCAUCAAGUUCAUCGAGACCAUCAGUUUGAAAAUAUACCACGAAUUUAACUGGGGCUACGGUCUGGCCUGGGGGGCCACCAUCUUCUCCUUUGGAGGAGCAAUUCUCUACUGCCUGAACCCCAAGAACUAUGAAGAUUACUAAACCUGCUACAAUAUCUCCAAUACACUUCAAUGUCCUCACUCUUUGUAUAGCAGCUCAUGCACUGAACAUUUGUUCUCUUUGCGGAACUGAUCUUGACUUUGCAUACACACAAAGAAACACCCUUAAAGCGCAGAGCGAUGCCAAGCUGUUAGAUAUGGAUGUAAAUUCAGUAUAUUUUAAGGCUUUUUAGCAUCCCAAUAUCCCACAUUUUCAAUCACCAUUCUCCUCUAUCCUUUACUCUCGCAUGCCAUGCAAUUAAACCCUAUCAUUAAAAUCCUAUUUAUUUUUCAGUCUGUCAUUUUGAUCCACUCUCUCUCCUCAUGUCAUUCAAACACCUUCUCUGAUCUUCAUUUGACUGUCCAGAUGUUAGGCUCUUCACAGGAAUACUGUCAGUCUGUGGUGGGAUCUGAUACAUGGCAGACAGAAGGCUUCUACAAAUCUGACAGAAUCAAACAACACCCUGAUUGACAUAGAGUCACAGUUCUUACAGUAAACAUUCUUUAGAUGGCAAAUGAGAAUAUAAAACUGAAAAAUCAUAAAAUUAUUUGAAAUGGUAAGAAAUAUUACGUUAUUAGUUCAGUAAAGGCAUACUUUGCUGGGGAAAGUAGGACUUUGUGUGGGCACCUCGAUGACAGAUGUUACAUUUGCAUGUCCCAUAGGCCAAACAGAAGUUAUCAUUGUAAUAAAAGACUGGUCAGGACACUUAAAAAGACCUUCACUUAGCCAUAGAUGUAUAUAUCAAAGCAAAACUGCCCUCAUGAAAUGGUAGGAUAAACUGAGACUGAUGUUAUGUUAAGCACAUAUCCUGUACAUACAGUAUCUCAUGGAUCGCAACCUUUGUGCACAUCUGAAAAUAUCUUUCUGAGAUCUUCAUUUCACAUCUUCAGUUUACAAGAGAUUUGGUAGAAAAUACUUUGCAUUGUAGAAACAUCUAGGUCUUGUGGUGUAACCAAGCUUUGCAGAUAGACUAGUUUUUGACUGAUAUGCAGAGAGUGAUCUUUUUAGUAUUAUUUUGCGUAAAGGUAGUUAAGGACAGACUGUAGGGUUGUUUCACAGAACUGUCAGUCUGGGGCCAGUUGCAUAAAUAGCCAUUAACUUAAGACUUCUUCUAACAAUUAGUCUAACUAGCUAAAGAUGCCAUAGAAAGCAUGUUGCAUUAAACAACUCACAGUUGUCUUUAGUAAGACUUUCUAUUUCACACUGUAUUGUGGGAAAAGUGAGACACUAAACAGCUUUAAAAAAAAUGGCCAACUGUGGACACUCAAUGCAGUUUUCAUUGGCUGAAAAUAUUUGCUUAUUUGAGGAAUGCAAUGCUUCAAAAUUUAUUCUAAUUAACAAAUUUAGUGAUUUUAACCCAGAUAAUAAAAAUACACAAGAAAUGUUGUUACCAUCAUAGAAGUCUUCUACAAAGUCUCAAAUGAAGCCCCCACUGGCUCAGCCGACAGUUAUAUUACAUGGAAACAUGGAAUGUAAACAGAGGUUAGCCUGGGGGUCUUACAUUUUGGUCUUAAAUUAGACAAAGUUCUUAUGCAACUGACAGAAAAAGUUAAAACCAACAUUUUAGAUGACUAACUAGUAAGGCUAGUCUAAGUAAGCUGUAUGCAACCGGCCCUGUUGUGUGCAUGUUUGUGUUUGAAUGGGGGUGCAAGUAUUAUUUUUGAGUGUAUGUUUUGAGUGAUUGCGUGAUUUCUGUUUGGGUUUUACUGUCCCAAAUACAGCUGUGACAUACUGUACUAAUUUAUAAACUAACCAAAUAAACAGAUAAAAACAAGGAUUUGGUAUAAUCAUUUAAAAUUAGGGGGACUGGGAGUGGGGGUGGUAGAAACUUCCCUUAACAGAAGGGUAAAAUUAUAGAUUUUCUGAUUAAUUGCAGUCUUCAUUUGAACAAUCCCUAUAUAUAUAUAAAAUCCCACGAUUGAAAGUUUA